AUGGAUAUCGACGAGAACGUACAGACCGAGACGCGGGGCAACUACACGAUCCUGCGUAUCAAGCGCAAGCGUACAGAUGAACCACUCGAAGCACUCGUCGUCAACUCCAAGCGGCGAAAGUCCCGCGGUGGCGUUGAUGUGUUCCAGUUCGCAGAGACCGUUGAAGGUGCGGCAUGGGAGAACGAAGAGGAGAGGAAGGUCUUGCAGGAACGUGUAUCUGCUCUUGCGCGCCAGCAAUCAAAACGGCCCGAACAGCCUGCAGCGGGUAGCAAGCGUACAGAUGCUGUCCUGUCGCCGCCCGUCGACGUACGACCGCCGAAAUCCGCACGACACUACCGGAUUCUACCCCAACUCCACGAGCAGGCGAAUGCACCUCCGAAAGUACAAUCCUCCAAGGACGUCUCUCGCGCGCAAGCCUUCAAGAUGUACGACGCCGUCCUCGAGACCGAAACCGCGCAAACCCCCGCGCCCGAAGACGACCCCGAAAUGGAAAAAUUCCAGUCCCUCCUCCAAGACUACCUGAAAGUGCACGACAUCGACCCGUCCGCCUCCUCCCCGUCCACCUCAUCCGCCGGUGGCGUGCCCAUCGCGGCACCCGCACCGCUCCCACCCACCGACGACCCCGAUUACGUCUGGGACGUCUUCUACCACCGUGCGGGGCUGAUGGACGAUCUCGAGGAGCUGCCGGCUGUCAAUGUUGGCACUCUAACUGGGCUGCCGGGGAAUUUUGAUGCUGGGGAUUCGGAUGACGAGGAGAGCGUUGAGGGUGACGAGGCUGAUGAGGACUCCAACGAUGAGGGCUUUUACAGGAACGAUUACCCCGACGAGGGAGAUGAUUCGGACUACGAGUCUGAAGGGAGCGACGUCUUCCAUGACGGCUCCUCAGCAGAGGACGUCUCUGCCGAUCUCGAUUUCAACCGUGGGUACCGCUAG